AUGUCCCGAACUGCAGGAAUCUCCAACAUCCCUCAAGAGAUCUUGGAGGAAAUCUUGGAUUUACUGGGGCCAGAGUUCUGGAAAGCAGGCUCCCUCAUUUCCAAUGCGUUUCGCGAUGCCUGUCAGAGAAGAAUAUUUUCCAAAAUUUCUUUCGGCCACUUCGACUUCGGCGCCAACCAAGCCGAAGCACGGGAAACGGCCAAACUGCAGUCACUACUCAAUGUCCUCGACAAUUCCCGUCGACUAGCCCGCUACGUCAGGUUCCUCAACGUUCGACUUCACUCUGGCAAGAGCGAGACUUUACUCGCUCAUCUCUUCCAUCGCAGCUUUCCGCUCCUCGUUAAUUUGGAGCAGUUUGACGGGGAAGCGUUUGGUCCAUCCAUCGAUUUGAGCGCCCUUUCGAAGUUGAACUACGACGCGACCCUCCCGAAAAUGCGACAAAUUUUUCUCAGGGGGUUCACUACCUUCCCUCCUCGGUUCCUGGCCCAGUUCCCGAAUUUACAGUUUCUGGAUUUGGUCCAGGUUGGAUUCGGGCAAAUCGAUGAACAGGACGAAAUUGUCGGGCAAUCCAAAACCAGUUCAGACGCACUCGAGCGGCCAAAGCCCAGGGUUUGGAGGGUUAAACCAUGGAAACCAGUAGAUUUCCAGAGAUUCUUCACAGCAGCGUUCAAAGAUGCGCGAUUUUCUCACCAGGUUGUCUCCAGUAACCUGACAGCUCUCACGCUGGACUGCUGGGAGUACUGUCGUGAUUGUGAAGAGCAAGAAUGGGUGCAAUCUCACCAAGCCUUUUACGACUUUCUGGUGUCAUGUUCUGGGACGCUAGAGAGGCUCCACAUCGCCUUCAAUUGGUACCAUCUCGGUACCCUUACGCGGUUGACAAAUAAUUCCCCAAUCCCUUUCAAGAACCUUGAAGAAGUUUAUUUCAAUAUCCCAGUAGACUGGGAGACCCUUGCCGUGCGAGACGUCGACGAUGGAGCCCCUUCCAACAUUUCUGUAGCCACGCCGUGGUUGAAACAGUUGUCUUCCCUCCCGUCUUUGCAAACUCUCUACCUUCACAUAAACCUCGUCGGCUCUUUUGACAUUGGCAGCGUAGACCUUGCCCGACUUCAACCUAUUGUGGGCACCCUCCGCGAUCUAAAGUCCCACUGGCUCACCCUUCCCGACCUUCCCUUUAUUCACCUCGCAUUCUCACUUCGAACAGAACUGAUUUCAGAUCGAGAUCGAGCCUUCGUCCAAGCCGAGUUAUCCGAGUUUAUAAACACAGGGAAGCUCAAAGUACAUUCCUGGGAAGAGCCCCACGACGUCGACCAAGCAUGGGCAUACGGAAACCAUGAAUUUAGGAAGCCUUACUUUUAUCGCCCUCUCCAAAGGGGAUCAAGCAUUGGGAUUCCUUACACUCGGGGAGACUAUGGGGAGGACUCGGAAGAUGACUCGAAAGACUCAGAGGACGUAAAGGGAUCAGGGGACUCGGAGGACGACGAAGUUUGA